AUGUCUACUCACAAUGGUCUAAUUCGACAUACCAAAGAGCUUUCCCCUGUUGGAUACGUUUAUCCAACGGACAUUUCAUGCCCCGCCGUUGAUCUGAGCAAGGGCCAAAGCCCUGAAAAGUGUAUUCUGGGGCCGGCCCCGAAGCGAGGGCUAUGGAGCACUCCAGAUUUGGAUCAAAUAUAUUCGGACGGAAUUGAUUUCCAUGACACCUAUACUGCUUCCGAUAAAUGCGCAAGCAGCGAUUGGACAGGCUCUGCAAUCACCAUUGGUGGAGGGUAUGUUUGGGAAGAGGCGUAUGAUGUGGCCUUCAAGCGCAAUGUCGUGAUCGUUGGUGGAGGUGAUCCGACCGUUGGCUGCAUUGGCGGCUACACACAGGGAGGCGGUCACUCGCCAGCUAGCCAUGACUACGGCCUUGCUGCAGAUCAAGUCCUAGAAGCUCAGGUUGUGCUAGCUACUGGAUCUAUUGUUACCGCUAAUGCGUGCCAAAACUCGGAUCUCUACUUUGCCAUUCGUGGCGGUGGAGGUGGCAGCUACGGCGUCGUUACCUCGAUGACCCCGAUUGCGGCUAGCAAGGAUACCGACGCGUUCUUGGACGCUGUUACCGAUAUUCACGAGCAGUAUCCAAGUAUCAUGGAUGAAGGUUUUUCUGGGUACGGCUCCUGGUCUAUCAAUAACCCCAUGAAGGUCUUCGCCAACGAGAGCACUGGCUAUGUUCAUAAUGCAGCAAUCAUGGGCAAGUCGCUCGCUGAAGCUCAGAAAAUCCCAGCACCGCUUCUGCAAACGCUGCAGAAGUAUAAUGGUGCAUCGCUUUCUGUGUCCGUGUCAUGGUUUGAGUUCCCAACAUACGCAGCGUAUUACCAGGCUAUUCGAACUCAACUACGCACCAUGAUCGGAGCUAUUGCGGGUGAAGCAAACGAAUAUACAAUCAAUAAUGUGGAGCUCGUUGCCGGUGGCAAGGUCCUCACUGAUGUCAAUGAUAAAUACUCUAAUGUUAACCCUGCAUGGCGCUCAGCCUACAUCGUGGAAGUUGUCGCUCGAGGCUGGCCAGACGAGUCCACUGCUCAUUACAUGAAUGAGGCUGACCGCAACGAUCCCUCGUGGGCUACUAAUUUCUAUGGUACCAAUUACCUUCGGCUUGAGGCAAUCAAAAAGAAGUAUGAUCCGACUGGUCUGUUCUACUGCCCGACUGGUGUGGGUAGCCCUUCAUGGUACCAGCGGGGCAUCUUUGCCUUGUUGAAAAUUCACCGUCUUUUUCACAAAAUCCACGAGCGUGGGCUUCGGGAUGAGUCCUGGCAGCGUGACCAGCUCGACGACGACCUGUGCAACAUUAUCUCCCUAAUACUCCGGGAUAUGGUGCUCAACAUCACUAAAUUCCUCGCGUUGCCCGUGGAUUUUGAACUGAUUGUCCCUGCACUCCACGAAUGUUAG